UUGACGUUGACCACCGCCAACCUCAUCCGGUUAAGCCUCGAGACUUAGUACUCCUCUCUUUUCAAUGAGCAAGCCCACCUUAAAGCUGCACCCUGUCGCGCGCAAUAUGCUUUCGUUCGAUAAUGUGCAGAGCCAUCUCUCAGCAACAUCAUCCCAACCGCGUCUUCGAAAUCCAGCCGGACACUCUCCAUUCCUGGAAAAAACUACGUCUGUUCUUUAUGAUGACUUGGAGAAUAAUAAUGGGUUGCCUUGUGAAUCUUCUGCUAGGCCUCUUGAUCACUGUUUCACUUCCGAAAUUUCUGUCUUGAGUUAUCGCUUCUCCAAGCAUCCGUGUCUAGUCUUGUGCCUCAUUAUGUACUGUUCUCUAAGCCUUGUCAUCUUCACUGCCUCUCUACUCCGUUUGCCAUCUUCUUCGUAUGCAAAGCCAAGUUCCGCCUCACAUGCGCAAAAUCUGCCUUUGCUCGAACAAUUACCUGUUGCCCACGUCCUCUCGAAACUCUCGGACGUUCAUCCUCAACCGACAGCACUUCAUCCCUACACGCUGAGGAGCGCCCACGGUAAAAAUGACAGCAUAACCGCUUGCUUAUGGACCAAUGACUCGAGCCUCGAUCUGCUACCUGCUUGGGUUGCCAAAUGGACAGGUAUGGUGUCCAUUCUCGUGACAACGACCUCUGCGCCGUCUUCCGUCCAACGAAAGGCUCUAUUACGCCAACUGAAGAAAUUCCAGGACAAUCCAACACUUAAUCGGUCUCUUAAUGUACAUCUAAUGCAAGUUGACGGACAUACCCUCGACAAUCCUAAUGCCUACCUCAACUUCGCACGUCUCUUCUCACCCACACCUCAGGUAGUUCUCGUCCCAGGCAAUUUAUCUGUUCUUCCGCCCAAAGCCUUCUACCGAUCUUUCUUCUCCAAUUCUUCGGCCUCGGCUAGGAACGUAUCCUCGAAACCAAUACUCUUCACGUCGCGUGGACAGCCGAGUUUCCCAUACUCUUCACUAUCUCCUGUUGUGAUGUCCCGAGACGACCCUCUCUGGUGUACUGAACGGUUCUUCCUGUCUGUUUCGCGUCAAGCCGAUUGGAGUGAAUGCUUGUGGCAAGUUUGGUUGGAACAUUUCGGCGACCUCGAUGUAAAGCAAACCACAGAUUGGGUCCACUCUUUCGAACCCGGACCUGCUUUGGCCUCGUUAUCCGCGAAGCUUCGACGGCGUCUGGGAGGCAAAUUCCGAAGUGAAACCUGCAUGUUGGCUACAAGACAGCUGGCAGCAUUGAGAACACCGGAACGUGGAGGGAAAGACGCGAAGAAAGCUAGGUGGCUGAAACGUCAAUGUCGGGAAUGGAUGACUCUUGCGUAGCGAAACGGACCAGUAUUUGGCUUUCCACGGAGACGGUUCGAGAUACUCACCCACAAUAUAGUGGGAUUCAUACAUACACGAAUAUGUAAUCUGGCUGUCUAAAUCCAACGAAUGAUGAAGGACGAACGAACAUGAGGAAGUC